AUGCCUGUGGUCGAGCCCAUCACCAACGGAGCCAAGCUGCGAGUCUUCCUAUCCGCAAUUCGCCACAUCAUGAUGUACGGAUCGGAGACUUGGGCAGCACCAUCAACGGUUAUGGAGAGGCUUGACUGCAUGGAACGAAAGCUGCUUAGACCGCUACUUGGCUACUCUUGGCCUAGGGUAUUCACAAUGGAGGCCUUUACGCAGAGAUUGAUGUGGUAUACCGGCGGAAGAACGGAAGUUUUAGACUGA